AUGACAGAACUAAUUAGUAUAGGUAUUAUCAAGAAUAUUUUCGAAGCACAUGCUAACGGAAAAAAACUACCGGAAAAUCCAGUUUUACAAGUGUUGAAGAUUGCCGCAGCAAACCCAGUACAGAAUCAGAACCCAACUGCCAGUCCAAGAUACAGAGCGGCUUUUUCAGACGGUUAUACAUAUGCGCAGGGCGUCAUCUCUUCACUCGGUAUGAAUGUAAGCGGGGAAAAGCUAGACAGAGGACACCUAAUCCGGCUGACCCAAUACGCAGUGAAUCCGACACAAAAUAUAAAUGGCGCCGCACACAGGUUGUGA